AUGGACAAGGUCAAGGAUCUCUUGUACGCAGAACCGACACCCUCGGCACCACCCAAGCACAGCAACACCAACACUGUAGCCCAGCCUCAUCGCUGUGCAAAGCAUGUCGAGGAUCUUAUGGUCGCCAUUAUGAACUUUGAGGUUGAGGAUCAGAUGUCUCUCGUCUGGAAGUGUAUGCGAAGCGAGAAGGGAGAUGAGCCUGCUAGACACUUAGCUGCCCAAGUCAAGCCCGACCACAACGUCUAG